UUGGUAUUUUGAGUGCGAUCAUGGGAUGAGUAAGGCGAUGUGUGCGCAUAUAAGUUGGUGAUUUCCCGGUAAUAACUUCAUUAGUUGUGAAAUUGCGACGACGAAGAGGCUAAAAUUGGAAGAUUUAACAUGGCAGAGGCUGAAGAAAACCACGUUGCCAACCGGACCACCCGUGAGGUGCAGCAAAACUUUGCUGAAUCCCUUGGAUACGCUGAGGAGAUUAUCUGGGAUUUGUUGUCCCAUGGACAAGCCGACAUUCUGAAGAAAAAGCUAAGCGAACUCAUUCGUGAUCCACCACCACCUGAAAAAAAAGAAACUGCAAAAGAUGAAAAAAACCGCAAGAAGCUCGUCGCGGAUAAUGAAAAAGCGCGACAGAUCAUUUUCGAUGCCGUUUGGGAGCAGCGUAAAUACACCAACCGACAAUCGCUGACGGCCAUUAUUUACGUAAUGGUGGUUACUGACGAGGAGGACGUUAAUCGCGCCGAGGACUCAAGGACUUUCUCCUGCCAUCCAGUCUUCCGGGCCCGUCGAUGCGUCUCUGGAAGCAGUGGCCGCAGCAGCGACAGCUCCGAUUGCUGCAAUUUGUUCGUUGAUGAGACCGGUCGCGUCUACCAGAACUGGGAGCAGUAUGUGGCCACCAAUGAGCUGCCCGCCGGAGUGAUGGUGGCCCCGGAAAAGGGAAUCUACCGCCUGGUCAAUGACCAUGUGCGACUGGACAAAUAUGAGACGCCGGCGGGCAGCACCAACUCGAAGGUGCUUGGAGUUCUGGACACAGGAUCGGCAGUUGGAGGCUUCUUAGCUGCCUGCGUGCCCGUAGCGGCGUUGCUGACGCUGCCUGUGUCCGGUCCGGUGAUGGCCGCAGCCGGAGUCGUGGGUUUGGCCAGCGCCGGGUACGCGACAGCCCGGUCCAGCGUAAGAUUGGUGGACCGCAGUCAGCACGAGCAGUCCAUCAACGUGACGGACCGCGAGGCACGUGGCCAUUGGCUGGGAGUGGUCGCCGGAGCCGUGGGAUUGGGAGCGGCAGGAGCCACCACUGCUCUGACAGCGGCCACUAACGCUGGACGCGAAGUGGGAGCGAUCACUCAAUUGACGGUGAAUGGCAUGAACAUCUCCUCGAUCGUGGUUUCGGGCACUGGAGUCGCCAACGGGGUGUUGGAUUUGAUAUUGAAAGUCCAGGAUGGUGACGACAUUACCGGCAUGGAUGUACUGCAGCUGUCCGCUUCGCUGGUUCUACUAACGCACAGCGUUUACAAUUUCAAACUGGCCUCGACCAUCAUCAAUGAGACGGCCAACAGAAAUAUAGCGGGCUAUCGGGAAACUCUAAGCAAUCGCCAGAGACGUUCGUUUGAUAAGGCCUCCAAGGAGACCGUUCGGCUGCGAGGAAGUGCUCGCGGCAAGCUGGACAUAAUACGCAGUGUCAACGAGGUGCCCUCACGUCAGCAGUUCAAUGAUCUGUACAAGAUCAACCAGAACCUGAACCAAGAGGGUGUGCGCUACUCAUUUGCGCCCGAAGGCCAAGGAUUCCUGCUGAACGGCGAGGUACAGACGUCGGCCUCCGAUCUUCGGGCCAGUGUGCAGCAUAACCAGGGACCGCACGUCCUGGGCCAAGUAAGUCAGCCCAUUCCCGCCAGCCAUGCGGGUUCGGGAAGGCUUCAAUUGGACGGCCUAAAUCAGGUCUCCCGACUAAUCGGACCGCUGCCCACAUCGCAACCGCGGCAGGAGCCCAGCACUUAUGCCGCUGGUGUGUUCGUUUUGGAGUUGAGCUCCGUGAUAGUUGGCGGUGUGACUUUCGUGCUGGAGAAUUAUGGCAGAGUGCUUUUCGAGCAUGUGAUCAAUGCCGAGAGCUUUGAGAACCUGAUUAGCGGCAUGGCCGAAAACCUGGAGCCUGAUGUGUUUGAUUUUAUAAUGAAGUUGACACGAACCUUCAUGGACACCAUGCUGGAUGACCUGACCUCAGUGCUUAAGUUCUACAUUUCGACGGAAUCGGUGCUCUUCCGCAUUUUGCAGCAAGUGAUGAACAACUACCGCCACAUGUCCAGUGAAUCUGUGGCGGAGCACACCGGAGCCAUUCUCGCAGCAGUCAGGCGGUACUUCCUGUCCCUCAACCCAAACUCGUACACCGGACUCCUUCAGAAGUGCCCCACUUGUGUCGGCUACUUUAGCAUUUGUCCUUUGUAAACGUUGAGCCAUCGAGCCAUGUGUGAUUAUUGGUGCCUUAUUGUGAGAACUAACUAACAGUGCACAAUUAGAAUGCACAGCCUUUUUUAUACACUUUAUAUAUAUAUAAAUAUAUACUUUUUUAAAUUCUAUAUAUAAACGUAACUAAAUGUGAACAGAAAAUUACAAUCUAUGUGAUAAAUAUUUGUUUAUGAGCACAAAUUGACAUUGAUGAGAUCAACACAAUAAAUAAUUAUAUUAACAAACU